AUGCAGUCCCGAUUCAACUACACAGACUCCUACUCUUCCUACUCCUCCUCACCAGGAAGCAUGGACUUCUUCUUCUACGGCGGUCAACCCGUCUAUGAUACCCUCUGCGACCUCGACACAACCAGUCCCUUCCCUAUGCAAGAGGUCGCACCAGAGCUCUACAACAUCACCAGCUCGCCAUAUACCUACCAGAGACCACAUGAUUACCCAGUCUUCGACCGACCCGCCAUGCCUCAGAGCGCACCCAGCAGCUGUGGCAGCAGCUAUAGUAGCUACAGCAGCAGCUUCAACUUCCCCUCCGAAGAAAUCAACCUACCAAGCUACCCUAUCAGCGAAUAUGAGCCCAGUGCCGACUCGCCAGCGCCGCAGACAUUAAAGCCCGCUAAGCCCUUCGGUUGCGACCACUGCGGAAAGUCCUUCACCCGUUUCGCGGACUUGAAGCGCCACCAGUCCAGCGUCCACUACCCCGUUUUCCGCAACUGCCCUGUCGAGCACUGCUCGCGAAAGGGUAGCAAUGGCUUCCCGCGACAGGACCACCUCGUCGAGCACCUGCGCUCAUACCACCACAUGGAUGUGCCGAAGCGUGGAUCCUGCAAGCGCUCUGCGAAGCAGAUGUCAUGA